AUGAUAAGGGAGACUGGUGUGCCCUUGUGUGUGACACACGAUCUUGAUCUUCUUACACUUCUAGAAGACAAACUGAAGGAGUACUGGAAACUUGGUCGGGCACUGAAAGAGAAGUACCGGAAGGAGAGCGAAAAUCUGGUUGUUGUCGUGGUGUCGCACCCACACGGCGGACCAAAGCGUAUCAGUGUCGGCGAGGCCAAAGUAAAAGAUUCAGCACUGGAGGUCAGAGAGGAUCAAGACUGGUGCUAUUACUCCUACGAUGCUGUCACUUGUGAAGGAAGUAGUGGCGCCCCAGUGUAUGUCCUUGGCCGAUGGAAUGAUGGAUUCGGAUACUGGUUUGGACACUCCCAUAACCACAGCGGCAUUGACAGUUGCAAUUGUAGUAGAAGCACCGUUGGUGUUGAUUCAACUUUCGGCCAGUUAAAACCGCCCAGUUCCAUUAACUUUAACGACAGUGUUAUCCAAUCAGCCACGGCGACAAACAGAAGCCCUGUUACAAUGAUCAAGCACAUUGAUGACGCAGCGUCUGGUUCCAGGCUGGCGAAUGACGACACAGUUUAUGAUGAAAACAACAACGCACUUAAGGCCAACACACACACACAAUCGCUAGUUAGUUUCAGUCAAAGCCGGAGUAAUGGAAUCAAGAAAGUGACUUUCGAAGUCAUGUUUGGGAAGUUGUGUUACAUAUAA